UGUCUAACACAAGGCAGAACACUUGUGCUGAUAUUGUCUGCUGAAUCACACGUCAGGAUGGCGGCCUAUCUGCAGAUGCUGACGGUGCUGAUAGCCUGUGCUGUGUUGCUGACGCCUUCUCUGGCUCAGAAAGCACCCAGGUUCAAGGCAUGCAAAAGGGGUCAGCCAAAAGAUAAACUGGACGAAUGUGUCAGAGAUUCUCUACAGAGGGCAGUACCGGAGCUUGUGAAAGGUUUGCCCGAGUACGGACUCCUCACCAUCGACCCUCUGCAUGUUGAGUCUCUGCAGGUGACCAAAGGCAGCAAUCAGAAGAAGGCAGUCAAUGUUGACAUCAGCUUCAAGAACCUUGACAUCAUCGGACUAAAGAACGCUAAGAUCAAGAGCGUCGACAUGGAUGUUGAUAACUACAAGAUGAAGGCAAAGAUCGACAUCGAAGGUCCGAUUCUGCUGCAAGGCGAUUACACGAUCAAAGGCAAGGUUCUGGUUCUACCUAUUGAGGGAUCCGGCAAGUGCAACAUUACCUUGGUAAACCCGAAGGGCGAGAUCACCGAUCUCUCCGGCAAGCCCAUCACCAAGGAUGGUAAGCAGUACGCUCAAGUGAACACUCUCAAAUUCGUGGUCAAAGAUGUAGAGAGGGUUCAUUACGACCUGGAAAACCUCUUCAACGGCAACAAGGAGCUCGGUGACAACAUAAACGCGGUGUUAAACGACAACUGGAAAGCGAUUUACGACGAUAUGAGACCGCCUUUGCAAUCUGCACUAGGACUGGUUUUUCGAAACAUAGCAAACAGGGUGUUCUCAAAAGUACCUUUUGAUGACAUCUACUCUUAAAUUAUAAACAGCUGGUGGACCUACUGUUCCACUGCACUUCACUGGUAAACGUCGACCACUAAACUAGUACAAUUUACAUAGCAAAUACCAAUGUUAUUAAGUAAAAUAUUUAUAGUAUGUUUAAUAAAAAUGUUUAUUUUCUCA